AUGUCGAAGAUACAUCAAGCACUCCUCACGUUCUACACCUGUCUCUUCUCGCCGUUAAUCAUCCUCGUAUUACUCUGUUCGUAUCUCUAUCGUCGCAUCGUAGAGAUUAUAUUGAGGAUACAACUGAAGAACAAAUUCGCUGGUCUCCUCGAUGGAACGGACUGCGUUUGGGCUGUCGAAGAACAAUCUGCACUUUCGGUGAACAACAUCCUCUUGAUCAUUGAAAAAGACGCUCGUCACUCGAAUAUCAACUUUCUGGAGAGCUUUCGUGACCUAGCGAGAAAUCGUAUAAUUAAUUCAUCUUACGAUAAGUUGCUCUACAAGAGGAAAAGAAAAUUUGGUUACUAUUUCUGGGAGAGAAGCGAAGAGAUCGAUCUGAGAGAACGAGUCAGGUGGUUGGAAUACGAGCGUUCGAACUGUGAUGGUUCCUGCGAUAAUAUUUACAACGGUCACUUGAAGAGAGUUCUUUGGAACGUUUGCAAUCAACCGUUGCCGGAGGAUCACACGGCUUCGUGGGAAAUUUUGAUCGGAAAAUGUUGUCCCAGAUCGAGUCAUCAUUAUCUUCGACGAAUGGAGGAGCGUUUGACGAGCAAAAUCAAGAUUCCCGUUCUGUUUCGCGUUCAUCAUUCUCUCGGCGACGGUAUGGCUCUUCUGAAAUUCUUCAGGGACGUGAUCAUCGACAAGGAGCCGGUUCCGGAAACGACGCUGGAGCUGGGCAACUCGAGGAUCCAGAUGAAGAGCGAGAAGAUGAAGAAGCUGAAUGUGACGGUAUCUGUAACGAAUUCUGCAAGUUUGAUCGGUGACAAUAGUUUGCAGUGCUCGUAUCAAAAGGACGUUAUAUCUGCAUGUAUGCCGUUUAUUCACUUCGUGAUGUUCUCACAUUUUCUGAAAUUACUGAGGGGACAGUUCGACGACGUGUCGAACUUCUUGAGUAGUGUUACGUUUCAAGAUGUGAUAUUGGAAACGAAAGAAUUUAUGAACAGAGAGAGAGAGAGAUGGUACAGUUUCUAUACGGAGGUUGUUCGUAAAAAGGUGUACAGCUGGUUGAAGAUAACGAAGAUCAUCGUGGAUCUUCCUGGUUGCUUGGUUCAGCAAGCUUUUCGUAGCAUGGAUAAAAGUGCACUCCAUGGAGCGGAAUUGUCCGGAGAGAAGCUGGUUUCUUACUGGCUUGAGGACGAUUUCAAGAACCCCCGCGAUCAGAAGCUGUUUGUGAAGAUCCAGAAUAUUAAGAGUAUCACAGGCGCAAGGUUUGGAGACGUUCUACUGGCUGCUUUAUCAGUCAGCUUACACAAGUACUUUCUUCGUAUGGACGAACCUGUUCCGACAAAAUUGAGCGUAAUCUUGCCGAUGAAAAUCGAAGAAUGGAGCGAGAAUCAUCCUCUGCAGAACAAUAUUUCUGUCGGCAUACUACCGCUUUGCAUUUCACAGAUAAACGACAAACAACUCGCAGAUCCAGCGGAAAAUUGCCAAAUUCUGGAUCGCCUUGAGGACAUUAAAAGAGCUAAUGAUGCUCUGAGAAAAAGUUCUGAUUACGUUGUGAAUUUUUUGGUGAUGAAGUACCUUUCAGCUGUGUUGCCUGAGAAGCUUUUGCAGCCGAUUUUCAAAAGUCACAGCACGAUGGUGUUUAGUAAUUUGGUUGGUCCUCUGGAAGUCAAGAUUUUGGGUCUUUCCUUGAAAAAUAUCGUCUUCUGGAUACCAAACAGAAGUUACACAGGAAUUGGAUGCUCGUUGUUAACUUAUCGAGGUUAUUUGCAUUUGUCUCUAAUCGCCGACAAAGCUCUGGUGCAGAACGAAAAAGCUCUUACGAAGAUACUGGAGAAUACUGUGACUGAAAUCGACAAUCUCUACGAUAGGCUAACUUUGUCAUUUUUUUCGAAGAAGCUUCAUAGGAGUAUGUCAACACCCACGAAAAAAGGCAGGUCAAUUAAAGAAUUAGAAAAUUUAAUGAAAGAGAUAUUGACAUAA